AUGAAAAAUUCGAAAGAACAUACACCAUCAUCAAAACUGCCAAUACCACCACGAAUAUCAAAAAAGAAGCCGCCAAUACCACCACGAAUACCAACAGAAAAGCCCCCAAUACCACCUCGAAUACCACUAAUAGUACCUCCCAUACCACCCAGGAUACCAACAACAGCACCACUUAUACCAUCGCGAACAUCGACAAAAGUGCCACCCAUACCACCCCGAAUACCAAAAACAACAGUAGAAGUACCACAGUCUCCGCUAGCAAUAACAAAAUCUUUAGAUAUGAGCAUAGGAAGAAAACCUCACUUCAGAGAUAGUUGA